AUGGCCCCCCGACACCCUUUUAACUCAGUACUGAAAUCAUUCCUGAGCCAAAAGAAGAGACGCCCCACUGACUUCUGCCUGGAUGACAGAAAGGAGUUCAGGUUCCCCCAGGAGAUGGUGGAUGGCAGCGAGCUCCAGAAGGCCCAGGCCAUCUCUGUCCUCCACAAGAUGCCCCAGCAGAUCUUCGACCUCUUCCGUACAAAUGUCUCCUUUGCUGCUUGGAACACUACCUGCCUGCACCAGCUCCUCAGUGGACUCCUUAAACAGCAGACAGACCUGGAGACCUGCUUCAUGCAGGCAAUGGAAGAGGAAAAAUCUGUCCUGCCCGUUGAGGGCCCUGAAGUGGCUGUGAAGAGGUACUUCCAGGGAAUCUGUCUCUAUCUGAAAGAGAAGGAAUAG